ACUGCAAUCUGGAGCUUCAGCCUGCUGCUGAACACUUGCGCUCACAAUUGGAAACACACACGUCGAGGGAAAAAGACUCUUUUGUACUCUGUGUGAUGUUAGGAAAUCACUGUUACAUGUGAUAUGUUGCUGAGGUAAACCCCCCCCCCCCCACCUCACCCCCCUCCACCCCAGCGUUGUCAGGACACAAGCAGAGAUCUUCAUCUUCCCUGUUAAAUGAGCAAUGAUGAUGAUGAUGAUCCGGGCCUCCUGUAGGAAAGGUCUGCAGGUGUGUUUGCUCCUUGUGCUGGUGGCAAAACUACAGGGUAAAGUAACAGCACCAGUGCGAGUGCAGGCCGACGUGGGGAAGGCCUUCACUUUGACGUGCGCCCUCUUGAAGGACAGAGGCGACGCUGUGCGGCACGUGCAAUGGCUGGACGUAAACAACCAGACGCUGCUCAGCUACCAGCCGGGCGACAGCGACAGUGUGAGCGGGCAGCAGCACGUGGAGCUCACACCCUCCUCGAAGGACACCUCGUCCGUCACCAUCCAGAGAGUGAGCUUCCGGGACGAGGGAUGCUACACGUGCAUCUUUGACAUGGUCCAAUCUGGUGCCAAACAAGGACGCACCUGUCUGACCGUCACUGCAUCAGUGACAGCAGACAGCAACAAGACGGCGGUGAGCGGGAAGAAGGCGUCCCUGUCGUGCUCUUACGGCUUGCCCGAGAAGGUGCAGCAGGUCAGCUGGCGCUACGCCUCGGCACCGGGGGCGCGCUCCUCGGACGUGGCCUCCUACGCCGAGAGGAGCGACCCCGCGAUCGAGCCCGCCUACGAGGGUAGGGUGUGGCUCAGCACCUCGCUGUCGGACAGCACGCUCACCAUCCAGCCGGUGGCCAUCCGGGACGAGGGCUGCUACACUUGCUUGUACAGCACGCGUGCGGACGGGCCAAAGAGCUCCACUGUGUGUCUCUCCACGUAUGCGCUGCCCAAACCUCAGGUGAGCUACAAGAGCACGUCGGCCGGCGUGAUCGAGGCCAACUGCAGCGCCGUGUCGCGCCCCCCCGUGGAGAUGGUGUGGAACGUGGAGCGGGACAACCGCACCAUGGGCCCGCCCGUCACCACGCUGCUGCCGCAGGACGACGGCACCACACUGGUGGUCAGCACCCUCACCCUCCGCUCCGGCCUGCUCAAGGACGUGUCCGUCAAGUGUUUGGUGCACCACAGGGGGCUCGAGGUCCCCAUCGCCGUAUCCAUGAACACCAAAAUCGGGACGGCCCUGGCCAUCCUCAUCUCAGUGACCACAGUGGCGGCUCUGCUGGUGCUGGCCCUCUGCUUCUGUCUCUGGAAGUGCUUCCUGCGCAAAGAAGCCGACUGAUGACUUCAGCGCCGCCUCACAGCAUCUCAUCAUCGAGGACCGACAUUUACACCUCCACAGGAUGUCAAUCACGAUCGUUGUUUUUAGGGGUCGCCGACCUUACGACAUUCAUCUUUACGUGUACGUCUGACUCCUUAGAAACGAUCAAAGUUAACCUUUUUGCUCGCUUGGGAUACACACAGUUGUAUUUUUGUCAGUCUAGCAGAGAACCAACAGGUUCAAGUUGGGCUGUGAUAUGUAUCCAUACAAAGAACACCUGUAAUCCAAAUAAAGACAAAACCAUGACAAUGUACCUUGUUACAUGACGGUGAUGCAAAG